AUGCAAUGUCUAGCAGUACUUCUAUCCCUGCUGGUAGUUGCAUUGUGCUCAGCUGGUCAUGAUACUGGGCAAUUGUCCAAUUCCAGCCGUUCAUUUGCUGAAUAUACAGACCAAUCCUUAUUAUGGGCACCAUACAGAUCAAACUGCUAUUUUGGAAUUAGACCGCGUAAUGUGGAUCAAAGCCCUUUCAUGAUGGGAGUUAUGUGGUUUGACAACUCGGAUGCAUCCGGUCUCUCACGCAUGAGACAUUUCGUGGACCAAGGAGAUAGGUUGACUAAGUAUGGUUGGGAAGUCUACGAUCCAAGAGUUGGUGGUAAAGAAGUAAUUAUCGAUGAAGAGAACAAUUUGAAUUUAACAUUAUACUUUACAAAAAGUCAUAGUGGUGAAAACUGGGCUGUCAGAGUUCAUGGUCAGCCUAUUGAUUUCACAAGAGGCACAGUCGCGUCAAUUGUGCUCUAUUUCAAUCAAAACGGUGAGGAUGGUGAAUCAAAGCUUGUUAAACUACCUGAACUGGGAGACGGUUCUACAAAGUUCCAUGGUGUGUCGAAGGAGCUCGGUGAAUAUCAGAUUACCGUUGAGGAUAAUAAGGGAUCAUAUUUCUCGGAUCCCAAUUUAUCGACCAUGGAGAUAGUUCCCGGAUGCGACUCCUCCAAGCCCACACAUAUAUCCCUGACGAUACCAGACAGUAACGUAUGGAUGGCCAAGGAUGUCUUUCUCUCUAUCUUAUCAGACUCUGUGAAGAAAAUUGUUGAAGAGAAAGGCGCUGAAGCGGUAAAUCCUAGUUUGUUCCCUUCCACUUUUACUGUAAGGAACCUUUAUGGUUUUCCACCUGGUAAUUUCCACUACCUACAGAAAUCUUUCGAUAACUCUGAUCCUGAAGGAUUUGAAUUCGACAUCGUCUAUAAUAAAUUGAAUGCUCAAGAAAAAAUUCUAUCAGCUCAGAAAGUUACCGCUCUGAUUGUCGAGACAUUGAAGCAUGUCGAAUCUAAGUUCGAUAGACUGUUUGAAAUAGAACCAAAAAAUGGGAAACACCAUGAGUUUGCUCUUGAAACUCUUUCGAACUUGCUUGGCGGCAUCGGCUACUUCCAUGGGACACAGUUGGUGGACAGAACAACCAUCUUCGACGACGAACAAUUUGAAGAAAUCAAGUUACUGAAUUCCAGAGAAGAGGGACCUUUGAGUCUAUUUACCAGUGUGCCCAGCAGAGCAGCAUUCCCUCGUGGCUUCUAUUGGGAUGAAGGUUUCCAUCUGCUACAGAUCAUGGAGUAUGACUUUGAUUUAGCUUUCGUUAUCAUCUCUAGCUGGUUUGAGCUUAUCGAAGAUGACAGCGGAUGGAUAGCCAGGGAGAUAAUCUUGGGUGAUGAGGCGAGAAAUAAAGUGCCUGAGGAAUUUAGGAUUCAAAAUCCAAAUAUUGCAAAUCCUCCUACACUACUUCUUGCCUUUAGUGAAAUGCUCGAAAGAGCCAUCAAGAGCCAGGAAGAUUCAGCGAUGGCAUUUGAGAAAGACGAUGUAAUGAUGCAAGACGAGACCAACCAAUUAGAGUUUAAUUCGAACCUGUUGGUGGAAUACGCCAGGAAGAUAUACCCGAAGCUACUCAAGCACUACAACUGGUUUAAGGAUUCCCAAAGAGGUUUGUUCGAAGAGUACGAAGAAAUGCUGAAUGAAGAGGGAAUUUUGGAAAAGGCUCACGAGGAUGAGGUAUACGUUUGGAGAGGUCGCACCAUCUCUCACUGCUUACCUAGUGGAAUGGAUGACUACCCUAGACCACAACCUCCUGAUGUUGCAGAACUCAACGUCGAUGCCUUAGCUUGGGUUGGAGUCAUGACAAGGUCGAUGAAGCGGAUUGCGCAUGUCUUAGGAUUGGAAGAAGACGAAAAACAUUAUCAAAAUUGGGAAAAUAACGUAAUCGAGAAUCUCGACCUGCUUCAUUGGAACGAGGCUCAAGGAUGCUAUUGUGACCUCACCAUUGACAGUUUCGAGGACGCCCGCACGUUUGUCUGUCAUGAGGGCUAUAUAUCACUCUUACCAUUUGCUUUAAAAUUAAUUCCACGAGACUCUGCUCAUCUGGAUCGCAUCGUCUCCCUAAUGGCUGAUCCCGAAAGAAUAUUUUCUGACUACGGUUUACUUUCCCUAUCUAGAAAGGAUGAAUAUUUCGGUACCUCUGAGAACUACUGGAGAGGUCCCGUGUGGAUGAAUAUCAACUACCUUUGUCUCGAUGCUCUGAAAUAUUACUAUCCCGAAGUUUUAUCCGCCAAGGAAGGAACCUUCUCACCUGAGAAGCAAGUGGCUCAGAAGCUUUUUAAAGACCUAAAAUCCAACCUAAUCAACAAUGUGUUCAAGAACUGGGAGGAGAAAGGGUACUGCUACGAGUCAUACGACCAGCACACCGGUGAAGGUAAGGGUGUCGAGCACUUCACAGGCUGGACAGCAUUAGUUGUCAACCUGAUGGGACGUAAAUAG